UUGGCUCCAUAUCUACAGUAGAACAUGCUAGCUGUGUGUUAGCAUGUUUUAGCUCCCUGCUAAUAUCAUAGAAACACUUCUGUGUAACAGUACAAGUGAAACAGUUUUAGAUUAAACGUGGAGUCCGCAAUUUAGGAGAAAGAUUUGUUCAUUUCUUUAUCCAGUCAGCAUAAUGUAUGGCGUGUUUGCUUUUUAUUUACAGAGCCAGGGCUGUGGAGAAAACCAGAUAUUUUCGUGAAUUUAACAAAAAAAAGUGUUAGACAAGAAUCGCUGACUGCUCCUUUAAUCCCCAUUAACUUGCAUACAGUGUCAAAAUUAGUGAUCAGACUUGCUUAAACUUGUUGGAAAAGUAACACAAAAUCUGCAUUUAGAGUUAUAUUGUUGUUAUGCCAUAAUGCAAUCCGUACACACGUGGUUUGGUAAAUCUGUAAGCACCAAUAAAUAGAAACCAGUUGCCAGAAAUGGAAGCAAAAUUACAUCUGAAACUCUGAACACAAUGUUAUGAUUAGAAGUUACAUUAAAUAAAUGCAACUUUUUGGGCACAAACAUCUCCCUGUGAUAGCAGAAAGUUGAAUUACCACCAUCUAAACCUCAUUUAAUGGCUUUAUUUUGAAAUAAUUCCUAGGUUUUAAAGAGUUCAGUCUUGGCACUCCUCACAUCAGACUGAAGCUGGAUUAAAAAGCUGCUCCCACUAAACUCCCUCUCUCACUGAGAGAUACAGGCUGAGGUUAACAAAACAUAGACAAGCAUCAGUAUUUUCCAGGGAGUCUCCAUUAUUUCUGGCUUUGGGGUCUCUAAUGGUAUUUCAUUGUAAUUGCGAUGAUGUCAGAGUGUCCGUCCGCCCUAAUGGCCUUCUAAAAACAACAACAAGGACAGAUUGGUUCCAUUCACCGGAUCGUCCACUCGCAGACGCACACAGAGUCCAGCAGCUCAGAACCUCUGCAGGAUCUUCAGCCGAGAAGCAUGCCCCUCAAUCCUCUCUCCCUCUCCUUCCUCGUAGUCCUGGUUGCCGGGGCAGCCGUGGUGUGCGUUGCCGUGACAAUGACGACGACGCUCCACGGUUUCCGAGGCUGCGCGGUGCGAGAGUUCUCCUUCGUGGCCCAGAAGCCCGGUUGCAAGGGGUUGCGCAUCACCACCGAGGCCUGCUGGGGGCGCUGCCACACCUGGGAGAAACCCGUCCCAGAUCCUCCCUACAUCCACCGCCACCACCGUGUUUGUACCUACAGCAGGACCAGACACAUGACGGCCCGGCUGCCCGGCUGUUCGCCCGGAGUCUCUCCUCUCUACCACUACCCAGUAGCUCUGCACUGCCACUGCGCCGUCUGCUCCACUCAGGACACCGAGUGUGAAACCUUCUGAUGGACACUUCCUGCUAACUGCGCUAUCAGCUUAAUAAAAUGAUAAAAGGUGUCUGAGUGAGUGGGAGUCCUGCUGAGGCGAAGUACUGAAAGGAUGUUUGAUCUACUAACUGACACAUUUGUAGAAUGAAGAAGUUCUAAAUGUCUGUAUGUAAGACAGGAGAGGCAACAGAGCAAACAUUAUGUUCCUGAAUCUGACUACUGUCAUUCAAAGACACUUUUAGAUGAUAUAUCUGAACUGUAGCUCUUAUUAUAAUCUAAAAACAGAAAGUAUGUGUAUUUCAACUGUUGUCAGGAAGCUUUUCUAGAGCCUCAGACACUUUCAGCAUAUAGUUCACAGUACUGACAUAAAAAUGCUAAUUUGUUUGAGUAGAAUCGCAAAUAAACUGCUAAAAUGA